AUGGAUGCAGCUCCCAACUGUGCCAUCUGCAAUGCGCCGCCCUAUCCCGAAUGCUCCUGCGAGUCGGAGCGCCUGCAAAUUGCAGUCAAGCAGGCCGAGCAGCGUGCCAUGGAUGAGAGGCUGGCUGAAAUAAGAGACUGGGUGAUUAACCACGCGCGUCAGCAUAUCUUGAAUGCUUUUGAGCGAUUGACGUCAACUCGCAAGCAAGCCCAUUCAGCAUACCUUGCCUCGCUCCCACACUACGAAGUCUACAUGCGAUAUUCCGGUCAUCCGCCAAUACACCCCAUGUACGUGGCGACGCUUCAGACACAAAUCGCAGAAGCCCAUGCUGAGCUCAAGCGUGGCAUCGACGCCGAUUGGCGAGCAUCGGUUCUUCGCUACCCGGAAGUCUUGGAUUACUUCUACAGCCUUGUUGACCUCAGGCUGCCGGAUGAUCAUUCCCGAGAGGUCGUUGAGCCGCCUUUUGCCGCUGCAGGUUACACUGACAUAGGCUAUGGUGUCAAAGAGAAGAAGAAAAAAAGACGACAGGACAGAGAUAGCUCAGUGUCUCAUGGACACAUGGCAGUCGGCAGAGUAGCCCGCGGACCGCCUCCAGUACCCGUACCGCCACCGCCGCCAGCACCAGGCCAACACGUAGGAUUUCCUCGUGGAGCUGGUCCAUACCCGUACUAG